UUGUUUUGAUGUCGUAAUUCAAGUCACGGAUAUAUUUUUUCUCUCAAGAAAACACGGUUUUUUCUAUUUGUCUUUAUUUCAUAAGAUGGUCUAUGUUUAUCAUUAUUCAAAUGACAUCGUAAUGUGAUUGCAAAUGCAAAAUUCAGUGCAGUUACAAUGAUAAAGACUGAGUGAUGAUUCAAUGCAGCAGCUAUCAACAGUCAUAUAUUACAUCGAUGAUUUUUUACAAACGAAUUGCGCAUCGAACAAAUCAUCAGCCGAAAAACGACUCGGAAUUUUCCGAGAACUGAAUGUGGCAUGCCAAACAAUGUAUUUGCAAUGCACACGCUUUGUAUCCGAUGAAAGACAAUUUAUACAGUAUUUAUGUACGACAUUUGUGCAACUGAAAACAACAACAUUAUUCAAAACAAUUUAAAAGUCAUAAAAAUCAAUUCUGAUAAGAAAAGAAGAAGAAGAAAAAAAAAACAAGAUCAACACAAACACUCUAAAAAAAACUAGUUCGGCUCUUAAACGCCAAUUAAACAAUGUUAAGAGAACUCAUUGCCUGGGUAUUGAACAAUUACUUGGGUAAAUAUGUGCACAAUUUGAAUACAGCCCAGUUGUCGGUUGCUUUGUUAUCAGGUGAGGUUGAAUUGGAAAAUUUGCCGCUACGUAAAGAUGCACUUCGUAAUUUGGGCUUGCCAUUGCAAGCUCUCAAAGGAACCGUCGGUCGUAUUAAAUUGCAAAUUCCUGUGCGACAAUUUCGUACAGCACCGUGGUGCAUUAUUGUUGAAGAUGUAUACGUAGUUAUUGGACCAAUCAAUUUAGAUGAGUGGGAUACCGAUGCUGAGGAACAAGCUGAACUCAACUACAAAUUGAGCCGAUUGGAUAAUUUGGAAGCAAAAUGGCGUGCACAACGUGAAGCAGCCCUUGAAGGUGGUUAUUAUGCAUCAUCGUAUUCGGGAUGGCUGAGUUACGGCACAUCGUUGGCGACAAAUAUUAUUGAAAAUUUGGAGCUUAAAAUAAAAAAUGUCCAUAUUCGAUAUGAAGAUGCGGCGAUAACGGUGCAUGAUCAACGUUUUGCCUGUGGCAUUACAAUUGAUUCGUUGUCAGCUCGAAGCUGUGAUUCAAAUUGGAUAGCUGGUUUCUCGUCGUCAUGGAACCAAACGAGUGCCUCAUUUAAAUUAGUUGAAUUGACAUCAAUGUCAAUCUAUUGGCAACCAUUGAACAAUCAAGAAAGAUUUGCCGAUUCAACGUUCGAGGAGCUGGUGCAAAACUUUCAACAAUGGAAAACCGCCACAAAACACGAGUACAUCGUGAGUCCGGUUAGUGCACAAGCACGUUUUAAACGUGAUCGCAGCGAAAUGCCACUUCGGACACGCAGUCGACCUCGUCUCACAUGUGAUUUAAUUCUAAACGAAGUUCAGCUUACGUUAAGCGAUUGGCAAUACAAACAAAUGGUGGAAUGUGUUCGGGGGUUAGAUGAUAUAUCAAAGUAUCGACGAUUUCGUUUGUUACGACCGGAGCAAAGUGUUCAUGAGGCGCCCAAAGCAUGGUGGUUGUAUGCAGCUCGAUGUAAUGGCGUUAAAAUCGUUCCGCGUCACUCCAUACGCAAUAUUACCAAAGAAAAUCUACGUUACAUAGAUAUUUAUACCAAAUUAAUUAUUAAUCCAAAUGAAACGCUUAGCAAUGAACAAAAAGAUUUUAAAGAUAAAAUCGAAAAGGAACGAGACUAUUACGAAUUGAAAUUUUUAAGAGAGGUGUGUAUGAGCCGAAUUCCAAACGAUGACGUGAAUGCUGUGGAUACAAAUAAUCAAGGUCGUGGAAUGCUAUUGCAAUGGUUUCCCCAAUGGUGGGGCUGGUACAAGACCCCACAAGCGGAUCCACAAUCAACUGAUGCGUUGGUCAUUUCAACAAUAUCGUCCACCGAUGUAAUUCAGCCAAAAGAUCAAAAUCAAUUGGAAGAUGAAAUUUUAAAUGCAUUAUCCAGUGGCACCGUUGAUAAUUCAUUGCUUAAACGAGACACAGUCUUCGGAAAGUUUAAUUUCACAUUAAAAAAAGGCGUUUUAGAUAUUUGCAGCAGUCAAAAUAACAUGGAAAAAAUAAUGUUACAACUUCAAUUCCAAAAUUUAUUAUUGGAUGUUGAAACGCGGCCACGAUCCGGUUCACAUUUUGUUGGACUAUCGCUUGGUUCCGUAUUGCUAAAGGAUUUUAUUACGGAAAAUUCUGAAUUUCCCGAUUUGAUAAAGCCACAAGUAAAAGAAGAUGCGACAACCGUAUCGCAUAAUCGACGUUCGCGUGGUAGUUUCUUGAUAGGUGGUUUAAAUAGCAGCAACAGUAAUAGUAAUGCCAGUCUCGCUGGAUUGAUAAGCGAACCAAUAUUUCAAUUAAAUUACGAACGAAAACCGCUGUCGCACAAUACCGAUUAUCGUCUAUUAAUCAAAACACAAUCACUUGAUGUCGUUUACAAUAUCGAGCCCAUCAAAUGGAUCGUUGAUUUUGUAAUGAAACCGUAUCAAAUGAUAAAUACACGUAAAAAAAUUGAAGCAAUGAAAAACAAAACCAAAGCCGAAUUGAUCAAAAACUGGGAAAAUAUUCUUGAAGGUGAUGUGACCGAACGUAGAACAUGGACACUUGAAAUUGAUAUAUCUGCACCGCAAAUUAUAUUUGUUGAAAAUUUUGCAAUUAAAAAUAGUACAGUGAUUGUUAUCGAUUUUGGUCGAUUGCAAUUGACCAAUUUUACGGACACAACAAAUUGUUCGAUGCUCGGUGGUGUGGCGGCGCAAACGGCAAAUAAGAAAGAUGAUAGCGAAAUUGAUGCACUGCUUCGUGAACAAAGUGAAGAUGAAGAUGCGUUCGUAACACCGUGUUCAACACCACCCGGAUCGCAAGCAAGCAAUGAUUCGCCGACAUUAUGUUCAGCACUUAGUGAUGUAUUAGACUCAAACAAUAGCAAUGGUAACGAUACGGCAAAUGGUAAUUUGUACGAUUUAGAAGGAAGCACGUUGAACGAACGUUCUUUACAUGAAAAACUUUAUGAUCGAUAUAAAAUGGAUUUAACCGAUUUACAAGUGCUGGUAUGCAAGAGCAAUGAACGUUGGCUAUUUGCCAGUGCAAAAGGCUCAUCAACACUUCAUGUUCUCGAUCGAUUCAGCAUUUCAUUACAAGUUGAACGUCGUGCCGUACAUACAAACGAUCCACAAUAUCCAAAUUUAACAAUAGCCGGCACAUUGCCCAAACUAAAUGCACAUGUUAAUGAACAAAAGAUAACAGCAAUCACAACAAUGCUUAAUAUUAUAUCAUCGUCAAAUAUUCAAUCACCACAUCGAACACCAAAUGAUAGUAUUGAAGAUACAUUUACGGCUGAAAUGAUUGCAGAGGAAUGUGAUAGCGAUAAUAUCGAUGGGGAAGCAACGAAUCAACGUGGCCCAUCGAAUAGAACAUCAAUUGAAAGUGAAAAUGAAGCGUCGAAAUUGUUUAUGCUACAAUUUUCAAUCGAUCAAAUGUCAUUGGAAGUACAAUCAAGGGGUCGAUGCAUCGCCGAGCUGCAAGUGACUGGAGUUAAGGCGGCAUUUAGCAAGCGACCAGAAGAUAUAAAUGUUACAUUAUCCGUGCACGGGUUGCUUUUGGUCGAUGCGAUUCAAUCAUUUGGACCCGAUUUUGAGUUACUUAUCGCAAGUCAUCGUCAUGUUGGGAUGGACAGCAUAUCCGGAAGUUUAAAACAGAGUGAACCGUGCUCACCAAUUUCACCUGCAUCGCCCGAUCCAAUGAUUGAUCGUCGGCCACACAGUCCGAAUUCAAUUUCGCGCGCCAUUUCAAAUCUGCAACGAACUAAUUCCGAACACUGGUCUACAACUCAUGAUGUAGAUGCAUUGAUCACCGUUGAAGUGCUUUUAGUAACACCCGAAGUGUCCGAUGGUGAAUAUUUGCAAAUUGCAAAUAUUCAGUUCAACAAUUUGGAUAUAAUUGCCAAUCAAGAGACGAUUGUUGAACUGAUGGGUUUUGCGAAUCGUGUAUUUCCACGUCGUGAAUCAAAGGUUCAUCAUGCCGAUGUUGAAGCACAUCAAUUAAAACGAGAAACUCCAAUAACCGUAGAAAGUACACCAUCAAACACUGAACCAAAAUCCACGUCGGAGAGAGAAAUAAAUUCGGAUGCAUCAGCCAAUGUAAUGACAAUGCGCACGGAAAUAACAUUCGAUUUUCAUCGAUUAAAUGUGCUUGUAUUACGUGCUGUAAUGCGUGAUACAUAUAUGGUGGGACGAAAAGUGGGAACAUUUACAAUGAGUGAAGCGAAAAUUCAUGCAACAUUAGGGAACGAUAUUCGAGUUGAAGGCUCCUUGGGUGGACUACAAGUGAUUGACUUAACUCCCGAAGGAAUUUCUCAUCAACGUAUACUUUCAGUUGGUAAAGAUCCAUUAACUGAAGCACCUAUCCCACCGACAAAUCACGAUCUAUUGAGUUCACUUACACAAGAGGUAUACGGAAUGUCAUCGCAUCAUACAAAACAUGCGUUUACACUGGAAGAUCAACAGGCUCUGUCAUUUUGUGUAACAAGAAAUUUAAGUGCAACGGUUACCAUUCGCAUUCGAAUGGCUUCCGUUUGGUAUACACAUUGUGCACGUUUUAUGCAAGAGCUUAACUGGUGUGCAACCGAAUUUAAACAUUAUUUGAAAAAUUUUGCACGAUCAAUUCGAGAUAAAGCAACUGACAUGGCACUUGGGUUGGUUCAACCAAAUCGUGAUAUUCCAACAGCCACACCGAAGGCACCAGUUGAUAUUCAUCAAACACCAAAGCACAUGCGAAAACAACGAACAAUUUCAUUUUCAAAUUCAGCCGGACCAAAAUCGAUUGAUGUUCGAAUGGAUAUCGUUCUUGACACACCAGUACUGGUGCUCCCCCGAUCAAGUCGCAGUCCCCAAGUAUUUGUGGUGCAUUUGGGUAAAAUUUCGAUGACCAAUAAUCAACCAAGUGACAUGGAAUUUAAUCGAGAUACACCACAACGUCACUUAUCACGUCGAAAAUCAAAUGAAUGUGAUUUAAAAAUAUUCACCAUCGAUGAAGAGCUAUUAAUGGAUGCAUCAACAACAACUUUGGUCAAUAAUUACAGUGGCCAAAAGAACGAGUACUUUAGCGAAGAGGACAUAAGAUGUAAAUCGAAUGAUACAGGCAUCGAUGAUUGCGACGGAGACGAUCGACACAUUGAAACCUACAUUUUGGAUAUUCGUAACAUCAACGCAUACUCAUUGGACACAAGAAAUCGCAAAAGUAUUCGUUUAUCGGCAUUACCACGUGCUGAAGAAUUCUAUUCAUGCCAAGAGGAUGCCGUUCCAGUUUUAUACGAUACAGCGAUCCGUGUGAAUAUAGUCCGUUGCUUGGAAACACCAAGCAUUGAUUUGCUUGUCGACUCGGUGGAUUCAAAGGAACUACUUCAAAUCAAUGGCAGCGUUAUCAAACCAUUAAAUUUAUCAUUGUCACGCGUUCAGUACGAACAAUUGUUGGAAACAACCGAAAAUCUAUUUAAAGUUCCAAAUGAUUUGGCAAGACCGCCAAACGUCGUACCAUCAACCAUCAAAGAACGUGAAAUUGAGCAAUCGUCCGAUUUUGAGCUAUCGAAUGAAACGUUCGAAAUCGAUUCAAAAUUCAAACGACGUCUAUUCCAACCGGCCGUUGCGUAUGAAAAGAAAACAAUGAUUGAACCAAAAGUUGCAUUUGAAUUGCCAAUUUUUAUAAUUCAAUUGAAAAGUGCAUUGAAUGAUCCAUUGAUCGAUAUUGUUUUUCGUGAUUUUAAUGUAAACUAUGAAACAACAAAUACGUACGAAACAAAUUUACAAGUUUCGCUACGUUCGUUGCUAAUGGAAGACUUAUUGCAAUCACCCGAUUCAAAGCAUCGUGCAAUGUUGGUGUCAUCAUCACCCGAUAAUCAACAGCUACGUUCGAAUAGUGCAUAUUCAUCCAGAUCAUGUCCGAAUUUAAUCGGACCACAUUUUCUAGACGAUGGACUAACCGGUUCGUUGCCCGAACGUUUGGAAAGCGGCGCUGGUUUCAGUAACUAUUUACACCCGAAUAAUAACACACAACAAUCGUUUAAUUGGUUUUCUGCAUCACAACAACACAAAACCAAUUGUCCAGAAACACCACCACCAUCGCCACAACGACGCAUGCGACAGGAUAAUCUUGUGUUGUACUCAUCAUUGAUUGUUGAUCCAGAAUGUCCAAAUUUUGCAACGCAAUACAAUUCAAUGCGACAGACCAGUUCAAUUGAUUUCAAUAGUUUGGAUUUGAUUGUUUCGGUGAAAAGUUGGUUUGCAUUUUUAAACUUUUUUGGCGUUUUAUCCGAUACAACCGAUGAUGAACAUCAUUUGGAUGCAAAACACGAUACGACCAUUGAAUCAACCACAAAUGAAGCGAAAAAAGACAAUUCAGAUUUAGAGGUAUCAGUACGUUCAUUGACAUUGGUAUUUGUUCGGCCCGAUUAUGAAUUGGCCAAAGCAAAUGUAUCAAAUGCUCAUUUUUUGGUGACCAAAACGAGUGGUGCGAAAACGGUGAAAGGUCGCUUGGGCAGUGUGUCUUUAUUCGAUUUAACCGUACAUGGAGCAUUGUAUCGUGAACGUUUUUUGACCAGCGGUAAUGAAGCAUUGAAUUUCACCUAUUCAAGAGAUGAACCGAAACGUAUUGCCGAAUCGGCAACAUUGAAUUCCGAAGCAUUGUUGAAAAUAAAAAUGUCAUCAGUACGAUAUGUGCAUACAAAACGUUUUAUAGCCGAAAUUCAAACGUUUGUCAAUGAAUUUCAAGGAUUACAAGCACCAAAUCUGAUACGAAAAAUUAAAUCGUCCGAAUCAAGAAGUAAUUUACAACAGAAACCAAUGCAACUAUCGUUGUCCAUUAAAGCCGGUUCGCCGAUCAUUUUAUUGCCAUUGAGUGCAAAGAGUAACAAAGUGAUUGUGGCCGAUUUGGGUGAGUUUUCACUAAGAAAUAGUUUUCAUUUUGCAUCGGAUACAAGUAAUGUGAUUAGUGUACGAAAGGAUGUAAAUGGGCCCGAUGAAAUUUUGGAUGUGAUGCUGGUCGAUUUGGUCAAUACGGAUCUAUUUGCCGGCGAAAGACAUUUGAAAAAUGAUGAUUUUGGACUGAAUGAAACAUAUGGUUUUAAUGAUACGCUUUGCAUGGAUAUGGGCAGUUAUAUUGUAUGCAAAAAUGGUGCUAGUUUAUUGAACGAUAAGUGCCAUUUAAAAUUGAUUGUCGAACGAAAUUUACAGUCGUGGCGCAGUCACAAUGUGCCCGAUUUUAGUGUUCAAGGAACAUUGUCACGUCUCGAAGCUGUAUUAAAUCUUCAACAAUAUCAAUUGGUACGUGGUUUCUUGCAAAAUAAUCUCGGCGAACCGUUAGAUGAUUUGGACGUUGUACAGCCGCAGAACAUAACCGACAGUCGUUUUAGUUUGUCAACGGAAAAUUUCAUGCGAACCGAUUUGCAUGAAUCAUCAUUAUGGACAAGUAUGUCGAUCACAUUGGAUUUGCAGGAUGUGUCAGUACGUCUGCAAGUGCCAAAAUCACGUGGUUUAUCAAAUUUAAUGUAUGAUCCAGACGAAACCGAUGCGCCAUUGGCCUGUAUUAAUUUUAUAAAAUCAUCGCUAAAAAUCGAUCAAUUCAGCGAUGGAUCACAAGACAUCGAUUUGGUAUCGCAAGAGAUUCUCGUCACCGACACACGAUUCACACCGGCCAAAUAUGGUGAAUGUUUUGGCGAACAGCCAAUCGUAAAGAAUGUAUUCACAACUGUUCUCCAACCAACGGGCACCAAAUCAAAUGGCGAAGAUUCGGUCCAAGCUGAAGUGCAUAGUCGCAAACGACAAGACUAUUCUAAAUACACAAUUUUAUUGAAUAAUAUGCGUGUAAUGGCCAUUUUGGAUUGGAUGGAAUGUGUUCGUGACUUUUUGUCCCAAGAUUGUGAUGAACAUUUGGAAGCAUCACAAAAUAAUGCGUUAAAAGUACAACCAAUAAGUUCAUCGAUGUCGGCCGCAAUAGCAGCGUCAACAACAAAUAUCAAUGCCAGUGAGAUGGAAGUGAUUUUAAAUAUCACAAAUUCGGAAUUGGUAUUUGUGGAGAAGACCGAUCAAUGGGAUUCAAAUGCCGUUAUUUUGAAGAGUACAACCGUUUUAUCGUAUCGACCAAUUGAAGUGAACAAAGUCAUGUCAAUCAAUCUUAAUCAUUUGGAAGUGUUUUCAUGCAUUUUAGGCUGUGAAGAAGAUACAGCACUUUCAAUCAUCGACCCAAUUACCAUUAACAUGGAUGUCAAACAAAAUACGCUUGAUAUUCAACUACAGAAACGGCUAUGCAUUCGUUUGUCAUACAACGAUGUAAAAAUGUUUAUUAAAAUGUUUGAAUCGCUGCCAAAUCAAACGAAAAACGCUCAAUCCCGUGACCAAAAGCAAGUGAAUGAAGUAUUAGUGGCUAAAUUAUCGGCUCUUGGAUUUUCCGUUGAUGAUUGCAUCAAAGCAUUAGAAUUAUGCAAUAACAUUCUCGACGAUUCAGCAUUAUGGUUAACACAACAUGCGGAACCAGUUAAAAUGCAAUCGAUACAUAUGCAAGAGAGUGCAUUGAAUAUUAAAGCCGUUGUGAUUCGGGCGAGUUGUAUAUCGAUUUGUGUGAUUGAUGAUUGUAAAGAUGCAGAUGUACCAUUGUUAGAGGUGUCAUUUUCAGAACUGGAAGGACGACAAGAGCUUGGUUCACUUACCGAUUAUCAAAAUAUGAUAAACAGCAGCAGUUCGGGUGGUAGUAGUCGAGCUGAAUCGCUUGUUCCAACAACAUCGGGCAGCGGCUACAAAGUCGGAUAUUUGAAAGGGGUUUUUGCUAGUGAUUAUUACAAUCGUGUGCUAAGCGGAUGGGAACCGUUAAUUGAAUCAUGGAAAUGUGAAUCGAAUUGGAGUUGUAGCGUUGGUGCAUCAUCAAUUCAACCGAAUCGACUUCAUUUACUCAUAAACAGUGAUGAUAUACUUAAAUUGAACAUCACCACAACGAUCAUUGAACUUUUCAAUUUGGUCUAUGAAAAUUGGAUGCAAGAUUACUAUGGCAGUGGCAGUGCUAGUGGAACAAACGAUGGCAGCCCAUCAACAUCAAUGAGUUUGAUCAAUUAUCGACGUCGCAGUCCAUUUGUUCCGUUCGCGUUGAAAAAUGAAACUGGAUUAAAUUUACAAUUUACAACAUUUGUUUCAGCGCCCGGUACAAGUCCAUCGAAUGAAGGUUCAUCAGACGUUGUUAGUCGAAAAUUAAAUCAACAACAAUGGAUAUCCGUUGAACCUGGUGCUGUUAUUCCAUUCACUUUUGGUCCAACAAAUAAACAACGUCAUCAUGAUUCGCACAAGCUCACACUUCAUCAAAUUCGUGUGCGAAUCGAUGGAUGGACAGAAGUUGGUCCAGUGUCGAUCGAUAAAGUUGGCGUUUUCUUCCGUUAUUCACGCCAUGAAAUGGCCGAAUUUAUAUCGCUGCCACGAGCCCGAAUUGUAUUCUCCGUAUCGUUGGAAGGUUCAGCACAAAAACUGGUAACAGUACGUUCGGCAUUGCGUGUUAUUAAUCGAUUGGAUCGUAAUAUGCUGAUUAAAUUGGAACAUCUGAAGACAAUAAACUAUCCCGAUGCAAUAACAGCCAUUUUAAAAGUUGGCGAAACAUACAGCGUCCCAUUGAGUCAUGUAAAUGCACACAUGUAUGUCGUGCCGAUUUCAACGCAAAACAUUUCAAAUACUGCUCAAUUAUCCAUGAACACAACCAAUGAUACAUCAUCACGUUCAGAUGGUUCAACAAAAUACCAAACGCCCGAACGUCAAAUUAGCUCGAAUGUUGAUUUAUGGUUGAAAAAAUCCGAUUCGAAUGAAUCACGGCUAUUUUUCUGUGAACGAAGUAUUUAUUGGCGUGACAUGGAUGAAGGUUUAGAAGUUCAACAAUGGGUUCGCACAUGUAAAUCGAGUCGUGAUAAACAUUUCCGUGUUCUGGUCGCCGUUCAACGUGAUGGAUAUCCAAUGAAAGACUCCGGUACAAUUCCAGGUCAUUCGAUUAUUUUAUUGCCACCACUUCGAUUACACAAUUUGUUACCGUGCGAUCUACUUUUCCGUUUGGCGAACAACACAUUGGGACGCAUCUCACCAUCUGAAACGGCCAACAUUUAUGAAGUUGAUUUGGAAAAUCAAAUGGAAAUCACUAUUACAUUAGACAGUUAUCCAGGCGCUGAGAAAAUAAUCAUUCCAAGCGGACCAAUUGGUUCGGCCGAUUAUCGUAUUCGACUCACCGAUACCAAAGGUCGCCCAUUGAUAUUACGUGCAAGCAUUCAAAUGAUCAAGGGCUCUGGACUACAAAUAACAAUUAGUUCACCAUAUUGGUUGAUUAAUCGAACCGGAUUGCCAUUGAUAUUCCGUCAAGAGGGCGUUUCACAAGAGAGUUCCGGACAAUUUGAUGAACAUGAACAGGCACGACUUGUAUCACCGUUAAUGUUUUCGUUCACUGAUCCAGACGCAUCACCGGCGCUAACAGUUCGAUUGGGCCGACGAUAUGGUGCAAAUCCACCAUGGUGUCAACCAUUCAAUUUACAUAAAGACAUUAUACAUCAACAAUUACGAUCGGGCAUUUCCAAUGAGACAUUCAUCAUUGGCACGGAGGUUCGAUGCGGACGUGGUCGCUAUGCAAAGACCAGAGUUGUAACAUUUUCACCACGAUUUCAAUUGUAUAAUCGCAGCUCGUAUAAAUUACAAUUUGCACAGAAAUGCUUCGCAAAUUCAUCGAUGGAUCUAUCAGCACCAAAUACAUUUAUCGAAGCAGUACCCGGUUGUCAUUUGCCAUUCCAUUGGCCUCGUUUGGAUAAAGAACAAGAGUUAUGUGUGCGAUUGCCGAAUAUUGAUGGUUGCAUGUGGUCUGGAGCGGUUCCAAUUCAUGAAACACAGAGUCUAUAUAUUAAUAUCAGAAAUAUGAAUGGUGAUAUGCAUUUUCUUCGUUUGGAAAUUGUUCUACAGGGUGCAACAUAUUUUUUGUUAUUUGGAGAUGCGCAGGCUUUACCACCACCAAUACGUCUUGAUAACUAUUCGAAUGUUGCGAUCAAAUUCUAUCAACCAGGUGGGCGCAAUCAUUGGCGUACAAUAAUCAGGCCACAUUCAUCAAUGGCAUAUGCAUUAGAUGAACCAAUGGGUAUUCAGUCCCUUGUGAUCGAAGCACCAGGCGGCGUUUCACAUAAUUAUUCAUUGAACGAAUUGGGAACAUCAUUCAAUUUAACCUAUGAAAAUUAUAUUUACAUUGCAUUCAGUGGAACUUUCCGUAGUUCAGACAAAGACUGGUCUGAUUAUGACAUUGAAUGUCAAGAAUUAGUUCUAACCGUGGUCGAUGGUCGUGUCUAUCUGGCUAAAAAGCAACAAGGAAAUCGAUCACAAUUAUGGCGUAUGAAUCAAGAUCGUCAGCUGGAGCAUGAAGGAUCUUCACCGCCAAUUGAACCUGGAAAAAAGACAAAUACCACUCAUCGGCUAGUAUUAGAUUUGGAAAAAGCACCACAACCAAGAAACUAUGUGCCACUCGUCGUGCGACCUGUAAAUAAACAAAGACGAUCAACACAAACAUGGAAAUUUACGGAAGAAGGGCGUUUAAUGUGUGAACAUUCAAAUAUGUGUGUACAAGUGCGUGGUGGCAUAUUUGGUUUGCGACCCGAAAGUGAGGCGGUGCUCGGAAUGAUUGUUAGCGAUACGCAUCUCAUUCGAGAUGGUCUCGUUCCAAUCGAACAAUCGAUACGACGCGAAAAAUUACGUGCUGGUUCUGGAUUCUUAUCCGUUUCCAUUGGAAUGGAUGGACCGAUAAAAAAUAUUCGCAUCAGAGAUGUAAAAUCAACUGAACCCGUUUCAUUGGCACUCGAUCCAACGUGGAAACAUGUUUCAAAUAUUUUAUCAUCAGAGAAUCGUAUGACACAAUCCCAUUCGACGGCAACCAAUGUCAAUACAAACGAUUUAGCUGAACUUUAUGUAAAUGUGAAAUUGACAAAAGGCAUUGGCAUUUCGAUUGUAUCGAAACAACCGUGCGAAGAAUUGGCUUUUGUAACGUUAGAAAAUAUUCUAACCGAAGCAAUUUCAACGCCAAAUAUUCGAUCAUUGGAUUUCAGUGUGGGCGACAUACAAAUCGAUAAUAAUCUAUUCGAAACACCGUGCCCAGUUAUGCUGUUUACAACACGAAAUUCAGAAACACAAAAUCAUCCAUUGCCAGCGAUGCAUUUGAAUGUAAAAUCAUUGCCAAGUCCAAAUGCCAAUGCCAUCAUUUUCGAACAUUUGACGCUUAGCUUGCGACCGCUUACCAUUUAUUUGGAAGAACGUUUAAUUCUGCGAUUGGCAAUGUUUUUGGGACUUGGAAAAUCACAAAAUGACACAUUACCCGAUGAAUCCGAUUAUGAAGCACAUCGUGUUGCCACAAAAAUACUAGCGGCAAAUGCAAAACGCUACUAUUUCGGUGAUUUACAAAUUGUACCAAGUCAAAUACGAUUGUCUGUGAUUACAGCAUCAAAAUUGAUGCCGCAAUUGUUGGAAAUUAAGAAAAGUCUCGGAUUGACACUGAUUAAAUUCGAAGAUGCUGUAAUUGAUUUUGAAAAAUUCACCGAUCGUCAUCAUUUCGAAACGCUGGAAGUGUAUUUGCGUGCCAUCAAAGCGCAUUAUAAACAACAAUUGAAAUGGCAAGCAGCCUUCAUUCUCGGUAGCGUUGAUUUCCUUGGUAAUCCACUUGGAUUUGCCAGCGAUCUAUCGGAAGGUGUGUCUGGACUGAUUUUUGAAGGAUCGGUGAAAUCAUUGGUGAAAAAUGUAACACAUGGAAUAUCAAAUUCAACGGCCAAAUUGACGGAGACCAUUUCCGAUGGUUUGGGACGUGUUGUACUCGAUGAACAAGAUACUGAAACACGUCAACGCAUUCUUGAAAUGCCAAGCGGUUCAAGUUCAACGGGUGACCAUUUGGUGGCUGGUUUCAAAGGUCUUAGUUUUGGCUUACUUGGCGGUGUUACAAGCAUUGUGAAGCACACAUACAUUGGUGCACAAAAUGAUGGUUUUCAAGGAUUCAUUUCGGGACUGGGCAAAGGUAUUGUGGGAACUGUAACAAAACCAGUGAUUGGCGUUCUUGAUUUAGCGUCCGAAACAGCAAAUGCAGUACGUGAAACCAGCAAAAGUUCAAAUCGUGCAUUACCCGAACGUAAACGAUUGUCAAGAUGUGUAACAGGAGCACCAGGCGGACUACUACCACCAUAUUCAUCGUUGCAAAGUCGCGGGCAAUCGUACCUUUUCUUGAUUAAUAAACGCAAUUUUAACGAACAAUUUAUGGCCUACGAACCAUGUCUCUAUGAUGGAAGAGAUUCCAAAUUACGGCUUUUGGUGUCAUCCGAAAAUAUUUGGGUAUUUUCGCGCAACGAAGAAUCAACAACGGUGAUUUUGUCAUAUCAUUUGAGUGAAUUGAUGUCUUGCCGUCCAGUCAACAAAAGUCAAUCAAAACGUGGUCAACAUUACAUUGAACUAUGCUUGAAUUUACAGGAUGCCGUAAAACGGCCACUAGUUCGAUGUAGCAAUGAGGAAAUGGCGCAAAGGGCAUCACGUCAUAUUAACUACGCGAAGAGUGUUUACGAUGAGCGUGAACUCACCUUGAACUAUGAAACUGUGAUCGAUACCUAAAUAUUUCGAGUGACGGAAGAGAGCUAGACCUCUGGAUGAUUUAAAAGCUACGAACAAUUUUCAAUAAUACCUACCCUGCCCCGCCCUCAAUAUUUAUAGAAAUUUUCUUAACAAUGUUAAACCUAACGAUUUUUUUAGUAUUUUUUAUGGAUCACACUAUAUUUGGCUUGUAAACAUCCAGAGACUGUAUAUCAAAGGAAUAAAUGCGAGGAGAAACGCAAACAUUAAUAUUAUGAUUUUAGAUCUGUGCUCCUCGGUGCUCCUCCUCACAUAUAUUGCUAUGAGAAACAGUCUCUGCAAACAUUUCCUCUUAUUUAUUAGAAAUUUUACUGAAAAAUAUAUUGCAUGUGAAAUUGAAUGCCGAAUUCAUCGAGUCUGUCAACUUUAAAAUUGGAAUUUCUAAGGCAGUCGAGAACAACCAAUAUAUUUAUUUAAAAAUGCAAAAGAAGCGAACUUGACGUUCGUUCAUCGAAUAUAAAAGACAAACCAAAUGACACACAAAUGUCACAAAAUUAAUCUAUUUUUGUAAAUAUAAUGCAAUGUAAAAUGGACAAUGCAAAUUGAAUUUGUGCAUUCUGCAAUGAUUAUUGUACAACGGUAUAGUUUUCUAAAAUAUUAAUCGAUUUUAAUAAAUUAAUUUUUUUAAAAUAA